GACAAACCAUAGCGGCUUGUUGGGAGCCAUGUUAAUGCGGGGCACUACCAUCUCUUUGCGGGGCACGACGGCGAGGUGUUGGAAAAGCGAAACGGAGAAAGGAAAAGGCCCAGCAUAAGGGAGGCGGAGUGUACACAAUGGAGGAGGGGCAACCACACGGAAGUGACGCAAGAAGCCGCCAUGCCUUUUGAGGGCGGCGACGGCGCCUGGCCGGCCAUGCUGGCUACGGGCACGGCUCGGAUGGCGUCUGGGCGGCCAGAGGAACUGUGGGAAGCCGUUGUGGGUGCCGCCGAGCGCUUUCGGGCCCGCACUGGCACGGAGUUGGUGUUACUGACAGCAGCACCGCCGCCGCCGCCCCGCCCAGGGCCCUGUGCCUAUGCUGCCCAUGGCCGAGGAGCCCUGGCAGAGGCCGCCCGCCGCUGCCUCCACGACAUCGCCCAGGCGCACAGGGCUGCCACUGCCACCCGACCUCCUGGUCCCCCACCAGCACCACAGCCACCCAGCCCCGCUCCUAGCUCACCACCUCGGCCAGCCUUGGCCAGGGAGGAAGAUGAGGAAGAUGAAGACGAGCCCACUGAAACAGAGACAUCUGGAGAGCGGCUGGGCGGUAGCGAUAAUGGAGGUCUCUUCAUGAUGGAUGAGGAUGCCACCCUCCAGGACCUUCCCCCCUUCUGCGAGUCAGACCCGGAGAGCACAGAUGACGGCAGCCUGAGUGAGGAGACACCCGCCGGUCCCCCAGCCUACCCCAAACUCCCGGCUACAGCCCUGCCUACCCAGCAGUAUGCCAAGUCUCUGCCCGUGUCGGUGCCAGUGUGGGCCUUCAAGGAGAAGAGGACAGAAGCCCGAUCGUCAGAUGAGGAGAAUGGCCCGCCCUCCUCGCCCGACCUAGACCGAAUAGCGGCUAGCAUGCGCGCGCUAGUGCUGCGGGAGGCUGAGGACAAUCAGGUCUUCGGGGACCUUCCGCGGCCGCGGCUCAAUACCAGCGACUUUCAGAAGCUGAAGCGAAAAUAUUAAGCGUGCAGAACGCCUCGGCACGCGUGAGGCCACUGUCUGCUCUGCCCAGCAACAGAACAAUUCUUUACGGGAUUGGCUCGCUCCGGUUGGGCGGGGCUAGUUCUAAACUCUCAGAGGGUCAACUCCGUUUCUUGCCUAGCAACAGAAGCUUUGCCCGCACAGCCUUGACUCGCGGCCCCAGGGCGGAGCCCAGCUGCGGGAGCUGGCUCUGCUCAGCCAGUGUCCGAAGAGUUGCCAGCUUCCGUUCCAGAGUUCCCCUGUCCGAUUGGUCCCGGCCUCCUGGGAGUGUGGCCAAGCCCUCCCUAACCCAGAAUUGGCCGGAGGCCUUAUAUUUCUUACACUACUAGGGCUGUUAAUGAAUCUUUUUUUUGUUUUUGUUUCUUUUUUCCUUUGCCUGAGUCCUGACACCCGGUCCCCUAGGGGACAGUCCAGUCCUCCUCUGCGUCUAACGCCCCUAUAGGUUUCACCGCACGACAGCCUGUCCAUCAAAACUUGUCCUGUACCCAGGACAGUACCAGCUUCCUGUCCCCCGACCCUAACAGGUGCCUUAAAAGGCCCUCUCCCACCCAAGGUGGGGGGGCCAGGGGGCCUCAUUUUCUGGCCCUGGGCUUGGGUGCGGGAGAGUGGGAUGGGGAUCGGGAAGGGCGCUCUGAGAUUAAAGUUUUACCUCUGACUGGUGA